ACUCACAAUUGACACACUGACUUUUUUCUUUUGUACAAUUCCUGAUUACGUUAUGUUGAAAUCUUCAUUGUUUCUUCAUAAGUCAUAACAUUUUCGUAAAGCUGAUGGUCUGAUAGUCCAGAGAAAGACAUAGUUAUCGCUGUUCGAAUUCUAUUCCAUUCAAAACCAACUGAAAAGACAUCUGAUCAGUCAUUUCCUUAAAAGUGUUUCAAAGGAUAAACAUUUUUAGUUUUCAAACAUGGAAUGGCUAUUCGGUAAACGCCUUACUCCAGAGGAGAUGCUCCGUCGAAACCAAAGGUCUUUGAACAAAGCUAUUCGGGAUUUGGACAGGGAGAGAAUGAAGAUGGAACAACAGGAAAAAAAAAUUAUAGCGGACAUUAAAAAAAUGGCUAAAGAUAAUCAAAUGGAUGCUGUUAAAAUCAUGGCCUUAGAUUUGGUGAGGACACGACGUUAUGUCAAGAAAUUUAUUUUGAUGAGAGCCAACAUUCAGGCAGUCUCUUUGAAGAUUCAAACACUGAAAUCACAAAAUGCUAUGGCGGAAGCCAUGAAAGGUGUUACCAAAGCAAUGCAGAGCAUGAACAAGCAAUUAAAACUGCCACAGAUUCAAAAAAUAAUGCAGGAGUUUGAAAAACAAUCAGAGAUAAUGGAUAUGAAAGAAGAAAUGAUGAGUGAUGCGAUUGAUGAUGCGAUGGGCGACGAAGCGGAUGAGGAAGAAAGUGACGCGGUCGUAUCACAGGUCUUGGAUGAACUUGGUCUUCAGUUAACUGAUCAGUUAACUGGUUUACCAAUCGCUUCCGGUUCAUUGGCUUCAACUACUGGUAUUGCCGCCAAAGGGGGUCCGCAAGCUGCAGCUGCUGCGGCAGGAGGUACAAUCGAUGCUGAUGCGGAUUUACAGGCUAGGUUGAACAACCUACGCCGCGAAUGAACAAAGUACCAUGCUGUAAAUACUAUACAGACAACCAAAAAUUCAUUUUUAUUCGAUUCACGUCCAUGUUUCAGCCUCUUACCCUUUCAAAACACAAUAAAAUCUCGGCUGUGAAAAAUA